AUGAGCCUUAAUGCUUUUGUCCGUAUCCUCUCUUUAAUGUACUCCACCCAAGAUAAUGACGCACGUCGCGCGUUCACGGUUGAGGUUCUCAAGACAGAAGAGAAAAUGAGCUCAGACGAACUGUUGCGUGUUGGAGUAGACUUGCUUAGAGCUUCUAAUGAGAGUGCUGCAGUUCAGGCUUACGGUGCGGUACUUCUCAGGCGUGCUGUGAAGUCUGGUCGUGUGUCUCCAAAUGCAGUACCAUACAAUGAUAUCAUGGUGUGGUAUUUUAAUGAACCAACCAUGGGAGGUGUAUUGCAUGGAGGUCUCAUAGAUCUUAUUACUGAAUGUAUGGUGUUUGAGUGGCCUGAGGGAUGUCCAGAUCUCAUGGAACGUCUCUGUUCACCAAAGGGACAGUUAGCUCACGAACCUCGAAAAUUGAAUCUUUUAUGUUCACUUACUACAAAAUUUAUGGAGCCACAUAUUGGUCAUGUACCUGUAUCUCGAAUGAGAAUCUUAAAAGAAGCAAUGGCAUCUUACGCUAAAGGAAUCCUUAUAGAGGUUAUACAAGCUUUGUUUGAUAUGUACACUGCGGCUGGCGGUGAGAAUAGCCAACGUUGUGUAGAAGGUACCGAAUCCUUAGUCACAGAUUGUUUAACAAUCAUCGCAAAUUUAGCCCCUUCUCUUAGUAUACCAGAAUGGUGGGAAAUAGGAUUAGGUAAUGCUUUAUCAGUUUUGGUACAUUGGAGACCUGUAGCCCAUGAGGCACUUUCAACAACAACAUCUCUUCUUAGAGUUGAUAGUCUUUCCGCAAGGGCAAAAGAUCCAGAAUUAUCAUCAUUUAUGACAGCUGUACUUCGUUCGGUGGAGGUGGGAAUAGCUGAAUGCAACUACUCUAUGCUUGAAGAGACGAUGGAACUAUUACUUGAAAUGCCAGAUCCAAUCCUUUCUGCUGUGGAAUCUUCUGUUUGUUUGGCGUGUCAUUUUACGUUGGUUGUUCCAAGUAUUUAUCUCGCUUUUACUUCUUGUAUGGUUUUGCGGCGAUUAGGUGAUGUGGUGUUUAACUACAUUAAUCCUUUAGAAUUUAUUAUGCGUUUGGCAACAUUAGUAGAGAAAAAUAAAUUUGACCCGGAAACGGGAAGUCAUGAAGAAGGAAGAAUUUUAUCAGAGCAACAAUAUGGAACUCAUGUACUAUUUAAUGCUGCUUUUGCAGAGUUUCGUGGGAUUGUGGGACAAUUAUUAUCUUCGGUAGCACGACUUUAUCCUGUAGUGAGUAAUCGAUUUAUUUAUAGAAUGAUUUCAACUCUUUGUGAUGGAGCUGGAACUCGAGAAGAUCCAAGAACUACUGCAGGAUUUGUAACACAUCAGAGUCCUACAUAUUUAGAGUGGGAGGCUGCUCAUUUUAUGCUUACUCACUUAUCUGAAUCAUUUAAGUACUCUUCAGAUUAUGUACCAGAGGCAAUUGGUGCCUUAUUGGCUAAACAGAAUGAAGAUAUGGUUCUUUCUCCUUUAUUUCUUAAUAUGCUAUCAUCCUUCUGGAACUGCAGAGAUGAUGCUGCAUUUAAUGUGUGGGAAGGGACACUUGAAAUUAUAUUUAUUUCUAUUGAACGUAAAGGCCACAAUCUUCACGAUCCUGAUGUUAGUUCUGCUCGUAAGCGGGCCCUAACACUUCUCAUAAAUGCUUGUAGUCAACAUUCAACACGCUUGGCUCCAUUGUGUGAUCCUUUUUUAAAACGAAUGGAAUGUCUGUUAAUGUCCGUUUCCACAGCCCAACAUGAAAAAUCUCUCUUAUACGAAGCUAUGGCAGCUCUUACCUGUGCUCUUCCCCCAGCAGAGGCACAAUAUAGACUUCAAACUUUUCUUAAUCCUAUUGUGGAGAUGUUAGUAGAACGUGUUCAGACUAUGGAUCAGAGAAGGUUUAAUGAUAUUAUAACGGCCCGAACCUCUGAGUUUUUAGGUCAUCGAGACACAAUACGUAACAGUGUGUGUGUCAUUGCAGGUGUACUGCGACGUUGCACAAUCUCUCCAUACUUAGUAGAGUUAUCCACAGCUUUGGUACCAUUUAUUACACAACUUGUAAAUCUUAUUCAUGGAAUUCGUGCAGAAGAACUUCCACCGGCAUAUGUAGGAAUUCUUGAAAUGGGAGGUGAGGAUCGUGAACAAUAUCUUCCCGGAAAGUCACGAAAGAGCAAUAUCUCUGGUGGUCCUGUGUAUAAGGCUAGAAAUGUUCUUAUGGAUUUACGAUUAUCACUUUAUCAAGUGAUUGGAGUACUGAGUUCAUUUAUUCCUGCUGAUAGACUUGGUGGAUUAAUUCAAACUCUGGGACCCUCUGCAGCAUUUCUACCAAUACACGCCGUACGGUCAUUAAUUACGCGUUGUCUCUUUCCCGUUGGUGGUGCCCAUCCAAUUCUUAUUCCGGGAAUAUUACAUACAUGUGCAAUCUUUUUCGCACGCUACUCCCGACUAGCAUCUCCACGUCCAGAGGAUGAAAUAAUUGAUUCAAAACAACUCUUUUUCUUUUCCAAAGACAUUUUUACAUUUAUACGGACUCAUAUUGUGGAGCGGAAACUUCUUAUUGAUAAUAUAAUAAUGUCUCAGGCGGUUUCUGAGGUGGCACUAACCAUCUUAGAAAGUGGGACGAAUAUCAAUGAUAGUUAUCGCCUUAUCACCACAGUAUGUAUUGCCACCAAACACACAGAUAAGGAAAUACAGACAAAGGUGGAUGAAUUAGCAGUCUUUGUGUUUGGACGGGUGAUGGAGUUUACAGUGCAAGCAGAUUCCACAGUAUUACCAUUUAGGGAACGCGAUCGAUUGUUGUUUUUACUCGCUGAUGCUUACGUUGAAAACUUCCCAAAGUACACAGAUGCCCUACGAGUACGGUUUCCACACACACAAGUGGAGGAAUUGCAUGCCCAUUUGACAGUCUCAUCCCGAAUGGAUGUAAAGCGAAGGCGUUUCAAGGAGUUCCUACUUCGUGUUGCGGGAGGAAAAGGACCAGAGUGUGUUUGA